AUGGCUGUUAUCGACCCUUCCCAAGUCAACGGCACCAACGGCGCCCACGCUGACCCCCGCCGCAUCCUCCUGAUCAGUAUUCCUCGCACAGCCUCCAACCUUCUCCUCAAAAUCCUGAAUAUCCCCAAACAACCCAAUCUGCUCACCAGCCCAAAAGGCGGAUACUUCUUUUACCCGGCUUUCAUUGAAAACGCUGCAGCUGGCCUUCAGUUUGAAAAGCCGGGAGAUCAAUGGACCGCAGAAGAGAAAAACAAGGCUCGGGAGUCUUUCCAGAAAUGCCUUGACUCCCUGGAGGAAUACUCAACAAAGGCCAAUAACGAAAACCAAGUGAUGUUCUCAAAAGAGCAUGCAUACUGGAUGUUCAGUCCUGCCGCACUUCAGGAACACAACGCCGGCGUUCAUGACGAGGAUUUCUAUAAAUCCUUCCGCGUGAACACACCUGAGAAAUAUAGCAAGACAAAGACAUACUCUGCAUCCAACAUGACUAUCUUCUCCGACGAAUACCUCCAGUCCUGGAAAAUGGCCUUCAUCAUCCGCCACCCCGCGCUAGCCUGGCCAUCCAUGUACCGUGCUAUGCUGAAGCUCUCUGCGGUGGGCAUGAUCGAUGAGGAUGGUGUGAAGGGCUCGUCUUUUACCCACAUGAAUAUGCGAUGGACUCGUAUGCUUUACGAUCGGUGCUUGGAGCAGCCAGAUGUGCCUGUUGCACCCCCUGUGAUUGAUGCACACGAUCUUAUUCACCAUCCGGAGGUCGUACUUAAGCUUUGCGACCAGCUAGGUUUGGAUAAGAGCGUUGUGCAGUUUGAGUGGAAGGACAAGAGCGAGCCCAAGAAGUCUUUGCAAUGGGCGACUCACAACCCUGAGGCUACUCCUGAAGAGGUGAAAUUCCAUCAAACGGGCGCCAGUUUUAUGCUCUCCACCCUUGAAGAAUCAACUGGUAUUGUCAAGGAUAAGGCGCCUGAGACUAUUGAUAUCGAGGCUGAGAUGGUGAAGUGGAAGGAGGAAUUCGGCGAGGAACCUGCUGCGCUUGUUUAUGAAGCUGUCAAGAGUUCUAUGUCUGAUUAUGAGUACUUGACGGCCCGGCGAUUGACUGUUUAA